AUGAGCGUUGCACAGCAUUUGGUUCAUCUGUCCCUGAGCCGUGCUCAAGGUGACAACACCGCCAAUUCUCCAACCUUGUAUGAGCUCCUUAGUCAACUGGGCCAAGGGGAAUGUGCAGACGUCCGUGAUAGGAUCUACUCACUACUUGGACUGUUCCCCGAGGGGCCAAGCCUACAGGUUGACUAUCUCAUUAGUGCUCCUGCGCUUUUCUUCAACGUGCUACUAACACUUGAGCGCAAGAGAGGAUUCCGUGACUGCCUAGUCUUAAGGAAAGCUCUGGGCCUCACCCAUCAGGAUCUAGAGAACUACUGGUCCAGCCAUAAGCACCAGUACAGCAACUCUGAGGAUAUAGUGAUCCACUUGGCGGAACUCAAGUCCAUCAAGGAAUGGAGCAACCCACUAGAUCCAGAAAUCCACUUCACUCCUUUGCAUGACGAAAUAAGAUCCAGCGAUUAUAUU